CAAAACUGAAGAGGCUCCCGGCGGACCAAAAACCCUGACUACCGUGGCGAGGGAGUGACCAGUCACCGGUGCCGCAAGCAAUCUGCAGGUCCUCUUCUUCGAUUUUCCGGUCGACAGACUUCCCGAUAUUCUUUGGCUGCAGGUAACAACAUCGAUUUUUUUUUUCUGAAAGAGCAACCCCCUAUAAUUUUUGUCUUGCCCCUUUCCGGCCGUUCCUACCUGUAACUUCUUUCUUCUGGUGCUUUCUGAGCCAGCGGUUGCGGUACUAGUAUUUUAUGGAGUGUAUCCGUUUCUAGGUGGACAAACAAAUGCUGUUAGACUGUAAACCUUGAGGAUGAUUGCAAAGUGGGAUCAUUAUCCUUAACCAUAAUACUAGUGUGGUGUAGCAGGUAAUGAAUCCCAACGAUGGUUCUUGUAGCUAAACAUUCAAUUCCAAUGGUAGGUAGGGUUCAUGAAUUUGCCUCAUAUAUUGCUUAUCUUAUCCAAUAUGUCUCUAUUGCAUUCCUAUUCUUGUUUGUUGGUUUUUGGUUGUUUGUCUUCAGUUUUAUGGUUUCAAUGCCAUUAUAGGAUGGAUUCCGUCAGGCUUUAUGCUUAGGGCUGAAUUACCAUUCUCUACAAUGGAGGCUUUGUUGUUCAGGUGCUCAUUUUAUGUUUAUUUUAUAUAGAGGGGGUUAACAAUUUGCCAAACGGCCCAAACCUUGUUUUAGGAUUCCUUGAGCUAACUUGUGAAGAGAAGGUGAGAGUAAAGAAGGGAGAUGAAACGAAAUAAGGGAGAUGAAAUCGAGGGGGGAGAAGAAAAGAUAAAGGUUUUAUGCUUGAAACAAGCAAGUGAUGAGCCAAAGCUUAGCAGAAUUUCUUCAGGACACGGGAAGCAGGGAUCAGAAUUGGGAGUAGAUCAGGAGGCAAUGGAUCUCCCUGGGAUUGCAUUGCCACCAUCCAGUCCAGACUCCAAAGCUGGGGUGAUUUUUGUUCUUGAGAAGGCUUCGUUGGUUCUUGCUAAUGUUGGACGAAGGUAUCGUAUUUUGAACGCAAAUGAGCAUUCCGACUACUUAAGGAAGAAGAACAUGGAUCCAUACAAGUACAGACCUGAUAUUGUUCAUGAGGCUCUCGUCGGAAUUAUGGAUAGCCGGCUCCGUAUGGCUGGUAAGUUAAUGGCAGUGUACAUCAAGACAGAUGAAGGGAUUUUGAUUAAAGUCGAACCUAAUGCUCGAAUUCCGAGGACAUUGGAAGAAUUCUGUGAUAUGAUGGCUCAGUUGUUACAGAAAUUGAGCAUCAAAGCCAAAGCGAAGGGUGGGAAGUUGUUGCGGUUGGUUCAGAAUCCAAUAACUCAGUACUUUCCUGUAAACUCCAUUAAAAUAGGUCUCUCGUUUGUUUCGCAGAAGGCAGUCCCCGUAGAGGAGUACAUUAGUGGAGUGAACAAGGACAGUGACCUCAUUUUUGUGGUUGGCACUAUGGCCCACGGUAAAAUUGAUACCGACUACCUUGAUGAUCUUGUAGCAGUUUCGAGCUACCCAUUGACUGCUGCUGCUUGUUUGAGAGACAUAUCCAUUGCAUUGGAGAGCAAAUGGAAAAUCCACUGAUAAUAUUGUCCAUCCUACUGGGAUCAGGUUGUGCUGAUGGUUCCUUUGCUGACUUGAUGAAUAUUUCAAGGUGGGCCCCAGAGUAAUUGUCAAUGCAAUGCAGCACUACUCUGCUCACAGCCUUAGUAGUUCUAAAUCUGUUACAGAAGGCAUUUGUUGAGUAAGAUUAUGAGAGAUGGAGAUGGGAAGGGCAAUUAAGAGUCUGUGUUAGUUUAUUGCAUGACAGAUAAUAGGUUAACUUGGUUUCCUUGGUUAGAGAAAUCAAUCGCAGUGUUCUAGAGUUUUGUUUGUCGUUUUGGCCUUUGGGACACUGGCGACUCGUUAGUUUUACUUUAAUUACAAAGGCCCAUACAAUUAUGAAGGGGGCCGAUAAGACCAAAAAGUAUAUUGGACUCAAUCAGAGUAAAGGUGGACAAACAGCAUCACGGGCCAAAUCUCGAUAUCCAUACCCGCGUCCUGGAAGGUUGGAUUAGAUUCGAAUAAUUAUCAUGUGUCGCAAAUCGGAGUAGGUCAACUUAUAUGAGUAUGUAAUUUAAAUAAAAAAUAUUAAGAACAUUCAUUUUUUCAUUAUAAAAUCAAAAAAACAAAAUAUAACAUGAUGAAUAUAGCUAAAUUAUUCGAGAAAUUAAAGUUCUCGCCAAUUUACAACUCCAUAAUAGCUAAAAUAUGAGUUAAAAAAAGUAAAAUCCUAAUUAAUUUGAGUAAAUCAUGUUAAUUUAGACAAGAACGGGUCGAACCAAGUAAGGUCAAUGAGAGUACCCAUACCCUAUCCUCUACAAAACAAAUCAAGCAGGUGGUUUCGAUAUUGAGUUCCAGCUUCAUCCCCGUUAUGUGCUUUCCAGUUUCUGGCAGUUUGCGAAUCGUGAGUUAACUUUUGUUUUCUUAGUACAGCAAAAGAAAGUCCAACGCAAAAAACAAAGUCUUAUUUGUAAAAUACAUUCGUCACAUAUACUACAACUAACCAUCUCUUAAUAAUAUGCAAUUACACAAUCAUUCGCUGCCAAUUUGAUUAUCAUGAAGAGUAUCAUUGAUGUAGGUUAGAACUAUAAAAAACUCUUUCACCACUGUACUCCGGGUUGGAUCCGGUCCUUAAACCCCAAUUCUUAAGGAGGAUCUUAAGUCAAUUCUAGCCAAUAAGAGGAGGAGAGAGGUAAGUCGAAGCAAUGAUUGCUUAACUGCCCAUAAGGGCACGGAAGGAAUUAAAAAUCAUUGUCAUUAAUAAUUAAAAGCAAAAAUAGGCAUUUAAUAAUUAAACGAAAAAUAUAAUUAAUCCUACUUGACGGAGCAAAAACCAUUUUCGAAGAGCUGUCUCUCCGGCGUUCUGCGUCGGAAGAGCUCGUCCGUGAUAUCCCCCUCCGGCCACGACUACAGUGUCUAUCUCCGCCGCUUCUCUUUCGUUCGUAGCCGCUUCGGUGGUCCGCCGCUAGAGACAUGGAACAUGUAGUUCCAUUUGACUUUGGUACUAGGUUUCAUUAAAAGUUUAUACGAUUUUUGUUGGUAUUUGGGUUUUUUAUGUUGAUUGUUUUGUCGUUGGGUUGGAUUUUCGUCGGUAUUUGACGUCUCGUAGCAGAUUGAUCAGUGAUAAUAUUAAAAUCGUAAUUUGUAAAUGUUGAUAAGGGAUGGAAAAAAGUUGAUAUGUACUAGUAAUAACGUGUAAUAAGAUUUUAAUAUAACGUCGAUAAUAUUAUUGAUAAAGUUGAUGAUAUUAUUAAUAACGUAAUUUAAGAAUGUUGAUAGGUACAUGGUAGGUCGGCUCAAUUUGGUUGAUCAUGAUUUUAAUAACGUUGAUUGGAAAUA